UUGUCUUCUUGCGGUUUCCGUACGCACGCUGACUAGCACAACAGGCAAACGUGAGCUAUUCCUUCAUAUUUAACGUUAUUUGUACACAAUUGGAAGAAAGUAGCCAAAUUACAGACAGUGCAGGUACAUUAAUAUUAUUUUAACGUUCUCUUCUCGUUUACGACACUUUGAAUACUUAGGCAACGCUAAUAUUAUUUAGCAUUAACGUUAUAACUGCGCUAGGCAUGCGUACAAUUAAAUUCUCUGCGUUUGUUUACAUCGCGUUUUUCUUGUCAGCAUGAAAAAUACUGAACAAGAGUUGGAUAAAUAAAGAAGAGACAGCAGCAUAUCCUGCUCAACUGUUGUCAAGUUCAUCUCUAUCUCACAAACAUGUUUCCAGAAUUGAACAGUAUCCUCGAUUCCACUCCAGACAGUUACAAAUCGAGUGACUUUAUCCUCGUGUCAGACAGACGAGCUGACGCAUCAUUUCUCAUUCAUCACCAUCUGUCUUUCUAUUUACGUGCUGGCUGCAAGGUGUGUUUUCUGGGUCUUGUGCAGUCCUUCAGUCACUACAGUGCUGUUGGUCAGAGGCUGGGCGUGAGUUUGGCCCAGGCAAGAGAAAAGGGCCAAUUAGUGUUUCUUGAAGGACUGAAGGACUCUAUUGGAGCUAUAUUACAGGAGGACACCAGUCAGGAGACCCAACCUUUGAGUUAUCUCAGGUCCCCAGGUCCCAGACUAGAAGGUCUGUUCAGAUUUGUGGAACGUUCUGUGCGUCAGAGUGGAGAUGGUGAUGCUAAUGAAUCAUGGGGUCCUCCAGUGUUACUCAUAGAUGAUCUCAGUGUGCUCCUGAGUUUCGGUGUUAGUGUUGGAGCAAUUCUAGACUUUACCCUCUACUGCCAAGCCACCAUGUGUUCUGAGUUACAGGGAAAUAUGGUUAUUCUGGUGAGAUGUGAGGAGGAGGAUGCAGAUGAUGAAGAGGGAUUAAACCUGCUCCAGAGGGGACUAGUUCAUCAGUGUAACUUGGCUUUACAUGUUGAGGGGUUACCAACGGGCUACUGCAGGGACAUACAUGGACAGAUGGAGGUUUGGUGGCGACAGAGAGGAGAGACUAUGUACAACCAACGAAAAAUAUUUCAUUUUAAGGUCCAUGAUAAAGGAGCAUCGUUUUUCGCUCGUGGGACUUCUAGUGCUGUUCUCUAAGUUUUCAAAUUAAUAUACAGUAGAAGUUUUCACACUGAAUGUCUUACUGAAAUAAUGUCAUUAUUUAGUUUGUUUUGUAUAAAUACAUAUAUUUAUAUAUUUGUUGAUUUGUAAUUAUUUUACCAAAAUAAGAGGGAUCAUGCAAAAUGCGUGUUUUUUUUUAUUGAGUACUGACCUGAAUAAGAUAUUUUACAUAAAAAACUAUAUUUACAUAUAGUCUACAAAAGAAAAUUACCCUGUUAAUACUGUGUUGUUAUCUGAAUGAUCCACAGCUGUUUUUUUUUUUUGCUGUUCUUCAGAAAAAUCCUUCAGGUCCCACAAAUUCUUUGGUUUUCCAGCAUUUUUUGUGUAUUUCCAACCCUUUCCAACAAUGACAGUAUGAUUUUGAGAUCCAUCUUUUCACACUGAGAACAACUGAGGGACUCAUUUAACUAUUAAAGAAGGUUCAAAUGCUCACUGAUGCUUCAGAAGGAAAAACCAUGCAUUAAGAACCAUUUUUGUACAUUUGUGUACAUUUUUCUUAUUUUGCCUAAACAUAAUAUUUUUUUCAUUUAGUACUGUGCUUUAGAAGCUACAGAAGAUACUUACAUGUUUCCCAGAAGACAAAAUAAUUUAAAUUUACCCUUAUCUUCAAAUUCAAAAGUUUUCACCCCCUGGCUCUUAAUGAUGCUAGUUGAUGUUGUUGUUUAAAGGGAUGCAAAAACAAAGAGCCCAAGGUACAUCCAUACUUAAGGUUAAUUUCUCA